AUGAAAACAAAGAGUGUCUUUCAGCUCACUACUGAGUAUUGGCCGGAUGAGGUAGUGGUGCAUAACGCGUUUUUAUUGAAUUUUGAGGCACGUAUCAGCAGAGUUUUAUUUCCUCAAAGAAGCAGUGCGAACACACUAGUCAGUAUAUCCACAUCGAAGAUGACGCUCUCAGUGACUUGGUUGUGCCUUUUACUUCUUUGCCUAGUUGCUCUCAAUGAUGCUUGGUUUUUUCGCAGAAGAUCCAGAAGACGCAAUUCGGCUCGGUGCGACUCGAAGCAAAAUUGCGUUUCAUGUACAAAUCACAAAAGCUGGUCAGGAAAGCCGUGUCGUUGGUGCCCAAGAGAUAAAAAAUGUCACACUUAUGGCGCAAUCUUUACCAACCCUUGCUCAACGGCAGAAAAUGUUGUAAGCGCAAGAGCUUGCAGUAGCAUUGUGAAUCCAAUUUACGACAGCUCAUUGGCAUUCAAAAUGGUUUAUCUCUCUGCUUUGGCGUACGCUGAUAAUGUCGCUACGUAUAUACCUAAAGCAACAGAGGUAGGUUGCCUGAGUUUCACCAUAGAUAAUAAAAACACUUUUUCAACUGUCCAUUUUUUCUGUAAGCGAAGUAACAGAUGGUAGCCAACUUCAGAACAGUUGACUCUGAUGGGGAGAAGAGAAUAUUAGGAAGUUCAAGCUUCACAUUUUCGGGAACGGCAAACGGCAGGUUCGAACUUUCUUGGCAAAAUUUUCGUUGAACGUUUUCGUUUCAUAUUUUCUUUCUUGCGUCGAAAGAAUAAUUAUGUAUUUCAGUUUUAAAACAGCAAGUUCAUUUAUUCUUUAUUGCCUGAUACCAUAAACUUUUUUCUUUGCCUGGCUUUGCCGUUUGACGUAUAACGUAUAACGCGAUUACGCGAAGCUUAAACUCUCUAAUUACUGACUACUACAUAGAACGAAAAGAAGUAUCAUACCAUUUCCCACUCUUUCGGUUGACUGACAUCUGCUGCGCGACACUGCAUAAUGACACCAGACUAACAACCUAAAAUAAGUUUGUUUUUUUUAUAACAAUUAACUUGUCUUGGAUCUCAUUGCGUUUCCUCUUUGAGGUAAUAUUGGACCACUAUUAGGCCUAUUAUAUACUACUGUAGCAACACUGGAUCAACAAGAGACGGCUCUUACGGCACCUCAAGGGAGAAGAGUUUAGAGCUAUCCAGUAUAAAUAAAGUUAGUUUAGUUUAGGUUCCUCCUGUAGUAUCACUGGAUCAAUAAGAGAUGAUCCUUACCGAGGUAUUUAGAACGAUAGAGCUAUCCAGUAUAAAUAAAGUUAGUUUAGGUUUCCUCCUGUAGUAUCACUGGAUCAAUAAGAGAUAAUCCUUACCGAGGUAUUUAGAAUGAUAGAACUAUCCAGUAUAAAUAAAGUUAGUUUAGGUUUCCUCCUGUAGUAACACUGGAUCAACAGGAAACAGCUCUUACUCAACUUCAAAGGAGAACAGUUUAGAACUGAUGCUUGUGUGAUGUUACUCUGAGUGUAUAUCCACACCGGGCAGGCUUGAAAAAUAUGCCUGGCCACGGUAGGAUUCGAACCUACGACCUUUGGAAUACUAGCCCAAUGCUCUGCCAACUAGUGAGCUACGCGGUCAGGUCGAGUAUGCGAUAUUUCGGAACUGAGUCUAGUUCCUUCGAUAUCAGUGCAAUCUAAUAAUCAUGAUAUUAGAGCUGUAUUGGUGUAAUGUACUCAGGUGAAUAAGAUGCUUGUGUGAUCAAGCGAGUGGGUCAAGCCUGCCCGGUGUGGAUAUACACUCAGAGUAACAUCACACAAGCAUCUUAUUCACCUGAGUACAUUACAGCAACACAGCAAAGUUUAGAACUGAUAGAGCUAUCCAGUAGAAAUAAAGUUAGUUACCCAGUACAUGAGCAUUUUGUUCAACAUUUAGGUGGCUAGCUUCCGUCUGGUUAGACAGGUCACAAAGUCUUGUGCAGGAAAAGCAAAAUGUUCAGGAUUCGUCGCAGUUUCCCAUACCGAACGCGCAAUCGCCGUUGCAUUCAGAGGCUCUGAACAUUCCUAUCAAGUUAUAGUAGAAGCUCUGACGAUAUUGGCUGUGCCUAAAGUACCUUUCCAAGCUGGUGGAAAGGUCCAGAAAUAUUUCAACGAUGCAUUUGUUCUGAUUUGGAAUGACCUGAAGAAUUAUGUUUAUAGCGAAAUAACAAGGUGGACUUUUGUGAUUCGCUCAAUAAAGAUAUGAUGAUCUGGAAACUGAACAGACGUCAACGUGUUAUGUUUUUAUCUCAGUUUAUGUUAAUUUCUGCACGGUCACAGUGACUGAGCUCAUUGUAUUUUCAUAUAAUGAAGUAACCGUCCAAUAGGGAUAGCUGAGAUGAAACGUGCAAUCACAAUCAAUAAUAUUUAAUGAAGUUGAGACAAAGGAUUUGUGCAUGCUGAGGUACAGUUCAACAUCAAACAAAGCUCUUCUAUUUUGUAGCUUUGAAGUUUGGCGGGAUUCCAGACCAUCAUCAUAUCUUCAUUAUCUUGACAGACCUCUGAGACCAAAUUACGGCAAUAUAAUUUCCCGCGUAUGCCAGAGGAGCGCAUCCAGUAUGACUCUAUCAAAUACCAGAGGUUUUCUCCAGUAACUUAUAUUUCUUCGUGUCGUAAAACUGGAACAAUAUAGCAUGAAUUUCGUAGACCUCUAUAGGUGGAACAGUUUUAUUAGAACUGUUAGAGCUAUCCAGUAUAAAUAAAGCUAGUGUAGUUUCCUCCUGUGGUAACACUGGAACAAUAUGGCAUGAAUUUAGUAUAGACAUCUACAGGAAGAACAGUUUAGAACUAUUAGAGCUAUCCAGUAUAAAUAAUGCUAGUUUAGUUCCCUCCUGCAGUAGUAACACUGGUCGAUGGCCUCUUACUGAGCCUCUAGAGAGAAUCGCCCAAAAUAUCUCGAGUAAAGUCUCGUGCCUUUUUGUGUCAAGGUAUCGCCACUACAAAGUCUGGGUUACUGGUCACUCUCUUGGUGGAGCACUGGCGUCUUUGGCAAGCACAGUUCUACUGCACGAGGAACGCACACCCAAAAACAACCUGUUCUUGUACACGUUUGGUCAACCUAGAGUCGGGGAUCACAAGUACGCCUUACGACACGACAAACUGGUCCCAAUUAGCUUCAGAGUUACCCAUUUCCGAGAUCCUGUAGUUCACCUGCCAACCUGUAAAACCUUGCUACUGCUACCUGGGACGCCAUGUAUUUCCUUUACAGGGGGCCCCUAUCAUCAUGGGAAGGAGAUUUUCUAUGGCAACCGGGUAAUGACGAAGACAUCGCCUUAUAAAAAGUGUCAAGGAUUGCCACAUAACGAGGACCUGGCAUGCAGCAACAAACCUUCAGUGUGGGCCAAGUGUUUCACGUCUGAAUUGAAGAAUUGUAUUAAUGAUCAUUUGUCUUACUUCGGAGUCAGAGUUGGCGUCUGGUGGAAAGAAUGACUUUUUUAAGACUUAUACUACGAUAAAAUAACGCUAUUUAGCCAAUAGUAGAUGUGCUGUGCAGUUAAGACGUUUUAUAGAUGUGCCGUGUAGUUGAGCCGUGUGGUUUCAAAUUUAUAUACAGUGUGUAUCAAAAUAAUUCGAAUCCAAAUUUGGCGUGUAAUAACGCAGAAUAUAUUUGACAAAUUCGGUUGGUUUUUACACCAUUGUUAAGUUCAUUUAUUUACCUUUCAAAUGACAUGCUGUACGCGUCAUUUAGUUGGAAAAUGAAGGAGUAUUGCUUUGACAAAAAAAGUCCAUAAAAAUCACAAUUUUCCGCCGAUGGGAAUUGGACAUUUUUUCUUUCAAAGUUAGUCCCACAAGGCUUUGAAAUGCUAAUCAUCACUGAAAACUAAAAUGCAAAUUUAACGCGAAUUUCUUCUCGUUCAACAUGUUUAAGGCAUAGGAGCUUAAGGCAGCGUUUACACUGUACCGUUUUCGUAGCGUUCUCGUAUUGUUCGAGAGAACUAGACUAUUGUCUUGCGUUCCCUUGAGGAUUAAGAACAAUACGAGAACGCUACGAAAACGGUACAGUGUAAACGCUGCCUAAAUCUCUUAGUUAAAUGAACACGAAUUUAUGUAAAUUUUGCUACAUAAGUAUAACAGUUUGUUGAUUAAUUAAAUUUGCAUUAUCUUUUGUUUGUACGUCUCACUUCGAAUUCUCAUCGGCGGAAAAAUUUGAUUUCGAGCAACCAGUUUUAACACACGAUUUCUUGGUCAUUUUUGAUCUUAUUGAUAUAAGAACGAUAUAAUCGGAAACCUAAUAGGCUAUUCUUUAUUGCCAUAUAAAAAUUAUAUGGUUUACUUUAGUAUUUUAUAAACAGCAGUCUGUCAAAUUUGGAUUCGAAUUAUUUUGAUACACACUGACAACUAUAGAUCGGUUCCGUUAUCACGUUAUGUAUUGCACAAUAGUGUUUGCUGAAACCUGCACAUAUCACAUAUAUGAUAGAAGAGAACUUUACAACGAAACCCAAUGGCGCAUAGAUGAUUUAGAGAUGUUUAAACUUUUUUGUUCUCUAUAACAUACACAGUAAAUUUAGACUUAAAUCAGCAGCCUUAAUGAUUGUACACUUUCAUUGUAAACAUUAAAUUUUUGUUUGAAGAAAAUUUACCACUUUGGAACGGAUCUCAAUCUUUCAGCGUGCUAGUGGUUCUUUGACAAAAAACGCGAUUUUGUGUAUAGUUCGGCAGCCCCUUCCAAAUAUGUUCUGCGUACAGACACCAUCCAAGGAGACUACUGGCCACUGCUACUGGCGCUUACUAGAUCCGGGAACGUACCAGGUUGAAGUUUCGCUCCCCCGGAUAUGAUGACCUUUUAAAUACAGCAAAGUAGCAAACGGAAAAUUAAUCGAUUCGCAUUAUUAUGCUCGUUCAGAAAUCAAAGCGGAAGAAAUUUAGUGAAACUUGGUUUUAUUGAGAACGUAAUUAUAGUCGUGGAUUUUUAAAUAAAUUAUACAAAACACUGGUAAUGUGAGUUUGAUUCGUUCAUCAAUUUUCUAAAGUACUUGAUGAAUUACAUGUUCAUUCUGCCUAAACUGAAAUGCAGACUUAAAUUGCGUUGCCAUUAAUAGAGUAAACUCUCUUGUUUUCAUGGACAUGCCGAUGGGGAAAAUAUUACAGAAGACACGACUUUGUAGACAUUCAGGCAAUUACGCCGAAACUAAAUAUAUUUUUAAAGGUACUACACUUUCCAAAUAAUUGCCGCGUAAUUUGGAGAGAAAGAAAGUCGCUAUAUCACGUAUUUUGUGGUGUGUUUUUUUCUAUAGCUAUUUCGUUAUCUUGAAUACGAUAGUAAUAAACCACAAUGAGAUCCUUGAUCUUGUAGGUUUGCAGGCUCACAUAUAUUGAAAGCUGGUAAUACAAAAUAAAGGUGAUGUUUCCAACAAGCUGUCAACAAGUUGUGUUCGCACUGCUUGUCUCAACUUGUCAACAAGUUUGGAACAAGCUGUUAAGAACGUGUAACAACCUUGUUGAUAUUAUCAGACUUUUAAUUUGUUGCAAGGUUGUUCCAACAAGUCCGAUACAAUCAUGAUAUAACAAUAUUGUUACAACCUUGUGUCGUCAACCAUGUAACAUAUACUUGUUAUAUCAGGACUGUGUUAGAUUUGUUAGAACAACCUUGCAACAAGCCUGAUAAUGCCAUCAAGCUUGUUCCAAACUUGUUACAACAACUGGGAACAAGCAGUGCGAACACAACUUGUCGACAGCUUGUGAACAGAUUUAUACUGGAUAAGUGAAAUUCCAAAACCAAAUGAUAUCACGAAUGUUAACAACGAAGAAGUAGAUUUUGCAAGAAUAACAGUGGAGGAGAAACGACAAAUACAAGAUCUAAAUAAAUGCCUCUAGUAUAAAUAAAACGAGUCAGUAUACCCGCACUAAAAAUAACGCCUGAUCGCAGGUUAGUUUAGUAAUAAACCUGGAAUUUCCAAAAACAAUUAUAUUAACUUUCAGUAUGAAAACAAAGAGUGUUUUGCAGCUCACUAUAGUUACCGGAUGAGGUAGUGGUGCAUGACGGAGUUUUUAUUCAAUUUCGAGGUACGUUUGGCAGCAGAGUUUUAUUUCCUGCAGUGCGAACACACUAGUCAGUAUAUCCGACAUGACGCUCUCGGUAGCUUGGCUGUGCUUUUUACUUCUUUGCCUAGUUGCUUUCAAUGAUGCUUGGUUUUUUCGCAGAAGAUCCAGAAGACCCAAUUCGGCCCGGUGCGACUCGAAGCAAAAUUGCGUUUCAUGUACAAAUCACAAAAGCUGGUCAGGAAAGCCGUGUCGUUGGUGCCCAAGAGAUAAAAAAUGUCACACUUAUGGAGCAAUCUUCACCAACCCUUGCUCAACGACAGAAGAUGUUGUAAGCGCAAGAGCUUGCAGUAGCAUUGUGAAUCCAAUUUAUGACAGCUCAUUGGCAUUCAAAAUGGUUUAUCUCUCUGCUUUGGCGUACGCCGAUAAUGUCGCUACGUAUAUACCUAAAGCAACAGAGGUAGGUUCCCGGAGUUUCACCAUAGAUAAUAAGAACACUUUUUCAACUGUCCAUCGUUUCAGUAAGCGAAGCAACAGAUAGUCGUCAACUUCAGGACAGUUGACUCUGAUGGGGAGAAGCGAAUUACAGACUACUACACCGAGAACGAAAAGAAUUAUCAUACCAUUUUGCCACUCUCUCGGUUGACUGACAUCUGCUGCACCACACGGCAUAGUGACAUCAAACUAACAACCUAGAAUAGUUUGGAAGUUUGUUUUUUUAUUACAACUUGGUAAUAUUGGACCAUGCACUAUUAGGCCUAUUAUACUACUGUAGUAACACUGGAUCAACAAGAGACGGCUCUUACUGCACCUCAAGGGAGAAGAGUUUAGAGCUAUCCAGUAAAAAUAAAGUUAGUUUAGUUUAGGUUCCUCCUGUAGUAUCACUGGAUCAACAGGAGACAGCUCUUACUCAACUUCAAAGGGGAACAGUUUAGAACUGAUAGAACUAUACAGUAAAAAUAAAGUUAGUUUAGUUUAGGUUUCCUCCUGUAGUAUCACUGGAUCAACAGGAGACAGCUCUUACUCAACUUCAAAGGAGAACAGUUUAGAACUGAUAGAGCUAUCCAGUGUAAAUAAAGUUAGUUAACCAGUACAUGAGUAUUUUGUUCAACAUUUAGGUGGCUAGCUUCCGUCUGGUUAGACAGGUCACAAAGCCUUGUGCAGGAAAAGCAAAAUGUUCAGGAUUCGUCGCAGUUUCCCAUACCGAACGCGCAAUCGCCGUUGCAUUCAGAGGCUCUGAACAUUCCAAUCAAAUCAUAGUAGAAGCUCUGACGGUAUUGGCUGUGCCUAAAGUACCUUUCCAAGCUGGUGGAAAGGUCCAGAAAUAUUUCAACGAUGCAUUUGUUCUGAUUUGGAAUGAUCUCAAGAAUAAUGUUUAUGCAGAAAUAACAAGGUGGACUUUUGUGAUUCGCUCAAUUAAGAUAUGAUGGUCUGGAAACUAGGGAGUUUACGCGUGUAAGACGGCAACAUCAGUACGACGGCAAUCAAUACAAUAUCAUUAAUCCUAUAGCACAAAAGAAAUGAAUAAUUAAAAGUAUAUCUGGAGUUUCAGACGUCGUCCAUGCUCUGUUGUGACGGCAAAAUGAAUAUUUUCACGUCUUGUAAAGUACGCUAGCAUUUCAAGCCAGGCGAUUUUUCUAACAGCGUUGAUCAAAAUUGCUCUGAAUUAGGUUAAAGCUCUGUUUUACUCGUUGUAAACUGAGUUAAAUUCAUAAGAAAGUAAAUACAGGACAACAUUUUCAUACAAUCAUUUAUUUCAAAAAGUUUGUUUAGCCGUCGUCCUGACGCCGCCGUCGUACAUGCGUAAAUAGAGACCUUACGAUUUUAGGACGGCAACCGCGACGGCCAAAACAAACUCCUUCAAAUAAAUGGUAGUGGAUAGUUCGUGGUAUAUUAUCAAUCGUAUGAAUUUAAUACAGUCUUAGAAGUUGAAGACAUGGGUUUUAUGGUUGGGAAGAGUUCUGCUAAACCCAGUUUGAAGUUGCACUUGUUGUGGCUUGGAAUGCAGCCGUUGUAUCAACACGUGAAAAUCUGUGAUUUGGCGUUGUAAACAGAGCGAGAACAAUGUCUAAAUUAUUCAUUUAUUGUAAUUACUCAAUUCUUUUCAAUGAUCUAUUGUAUUGGUAGCCGUUGUCGUCGCGUUGCCGUCCUAAAAUCGUAAGGUCUCUAAUUCCCUACUGGACAGACGUCAACGUGUAAUGUUUUUAUCUCAGUUUAUGUUAAUUUCUGCACGGUCACGGUGAUUGAGCUCAUUGUAUUUUCGUAUAAUGAAGUAACCGUCCAAUAAAAAUAACUGAGAUGAAACAUGCAAUCACGAUGAAUAAUAUUUAAUGAAGUUGAGACAAAGGAUUUUUCUACAGUUCAACAUCAAACAAAGAUCUACAGUUCAACAUCAAACAAAGGUCUUUUAUUUUGUAGAUUUGAAGUUUGCCCGGCUUCCAGACCAUCAUAUCUUCAUUAUCUUGACAGACCUCUGAGACCAAAUUACGGCAAUAUAAUUUCUCGCGUAUGCCAGAGGAGCGCUUCCAGUAGAGGAGCGCUUCCAGUAGGACCAUGGACAAUAAAAUACAAUUUCACAAUCCAUGGUACGACUCUACCAAACACCACAGGUUUUCUCCAGAAACUUAUGUUUGUUCGUGUCGUAACACUGGAACAAUUUAGCAUGAAUUAAGUAGACCUCUAUAGGUAGAACAGUUUAGAACUAUUAGAGCUAUCCGGCAUGUAGUAAAACACUGACUACCGGAACACCGGAACACCACCGGAACACCGCCGGAACACCACCGGAACACCACCUAACCCUAACCCCAACCCUAACCCCCCAACCCUAACCCUAACCCCAACCCUAACCCCCAACCCUAACCCUAACCCCAAACCCUAACCCCAAACAAAAUGGCGGUGUUUCGGUGUUCCGGUGGUGUUCCGGUGUUCCGGUAGUCAGUGUUUUACUACAUGCCGAGCUAUCCAGUAUAAAUAAUGCUAGUUUAGUUUCCUCCUGCAGUAGUAACACUGGUCGAUGGCCUCUUACUGAGCCUCUAGAGAGAGUCGCCCAAAAUAUCUCGAGUAAAGUCUCGUGCCUUUUUGUGUCAAGGUAUCGCCACUACAAAGUCUGGGUUACUGGCCACUCUCUUGGUGGAGCACUGGCGUCUUUGGCAAGCACAGUUCUACUGCACGAGGCACGCACACCCAAAAGCAACCUGUUCUUGUACACGUUUGGUCAACCUAGAGUCGGGGAUCACCAGUACGCCUUACGACACGACAAACUGGUCCCAAUUAGCUUCAGAGUCACCCAUUUCAGAGAUCCUAUAGUUCACCUGCCAACCUGUUCAUCCUUGGUACCUGGGGGGGCAUGUAUUGCCUAUACAGGGGGGCCCUAUCAUCAUGGGAAGGAGAUUUUCUAUGGCAACCGGGUAAUGACGAAGACAUCGCCUUAUAAAAAGUGUCAAGGUUUGCCAUAUGACGAGGACCUGGCAUGCAGUAACAAACCUUCAGUGUGGGCCAAGUGUUUCACGUCUGAAUUGAAGAAUUGUAUUAAUGAUCAUUUGUCUUACUUCGGAGUCAGAGUUGGCGUCUGGUGGAAAGAAUGA